UCUUCAUGGAUACUAGUGGGGUCUGUUACCACUGAGCCAUGAUGGGAACUCCUACAUGCUACAUUUUUAUAUCUUAGAUUUUUAAAAGAAGUUUUCACAUCACUGCAUUUUGUUCUAACCUCAGUGCUGUGAGGGUGGUGAUAGAUUGUCUCUACUUUCAGACAAAGAAACAUCCAGUUCAAAGCAUUAAGUGGCCUAGCUGAAGUCAUGGAACAGCAUGUAACAGGACUGGAGUUCAAACAAAGGCCACAUCAUUUCUAAUCUGUGACCUUCACUCUAAAGAACAGAAGACUGGUCUGAAUUGAGCUGAAUAGCAAAACAGACAGUAAAAUGCAUUACUUAGGAAUAUUUAUGGAGAAUUGUGAAAUAAUUUUUAAAACCUUGUUCUUCAUAAGAGUUGUUAAGUUGUCCUCUGCUCCUCUGCUAUUUCAGCAGGCAAAAAGUUAUGGGAAAUUUCAAUACUAGUUUUGGAGAAGGCUUAAUUUUAGUGGGCUUCUCAGAUUGGCCUCAACUGGAACCCAUCCUUUUUGUCUUUAUUUCAAUUUUUUAUUCUCUAACCCUCUUUGGCAAUGCCACCAUAAUAACACUCUCCCUCUUGCAACCUCAGUUGCACACACCUAUAUACUACUUCCUCAGCCACCUCUCUUUCCUGGAUCUCUGUUAUACUACCAGCACUAUGCCCCAGCUUCUGAUCAACCUUUAUGGACCUGACCAGACCAUUACCUAUGGGGGGUAUGUGGCUCAGCUGUUCAUCUCUCUUGCUCUGGGCUCCACUCUGAGUGUGCUCCUAGUGGUGAUGGCCUUUGACUGCUAUACUGCUGUCUGUCAUCCAAUCCACUACACAACCAUUAUGCAAUCCCACCUCUGCCAUAUACUGGUUAUUGCCUCCUGGGUAGGAGGCUUCAUGAAUUCUCUGAUUCAUACAGGCCUCAUGAUGGCCAUGCCUCUGUGUGGCCUCCAUCUCCUGAACCACUUCUUCUGUGAGAUGCCUGUACUCCUGAAGCUGGCUUGUGAGAACAGAGAAGGGACAGAGGCCAAGAUGUAUGUGGCUCGAGCCAUAAUCUUGAUUGUUCCUACAGCACUAAUUCUAGGGUCCUAUCUAUACGUUGUUCAGGUGGUGCUAAAUGUUAAGUCAACGGCUGGGAGAAGAAAGGCUUUUGGGACUUGUGGGUCCCAUCUCUUGGUGGUUUCCCUUUUUUAUAGCUCAGCCAUGUAUACAUAUCUCCAGCCUAUGCAUAGUUAUUCUGAGACUGAUGGAAAGUUUGCUGCCCUUUUUUAUACCAUAAUUACCCCCAUGCUUAACACUCUGAUUUAUACCCUAAGGAAUAAGGAUGUGAAAGUGGCUUUGAUGAAGGUGUUAUGGACAAGAUACUCAGGGUAGAAGAGGAAAGAAGGGCCAAUAAUCUGUCAGACAUCUCAGAUCAUGGAGUCCAUCCUGAUCCCUGGAGGGUGGUUGGUCAGUAGAAAUAGUCUUCUGUAGGCCAGGGUUUAUUGCCUUCCUUGUUUGGCAGUUAGAAGUGAAUAUCUAUUAGAAGACUUUCCACUUCAGUGUCAAUUACUAUUGUGCAAAAGGAAGUAAGUGUUGAUUUGUAUCAGAGCUUUUGAAAGGAAUGACUUUGGGAAAAAUA